AUGUUAAAAAAGAAAACUAUUAUUACUUUGGCCGUAAUCGAAGACUUUGAAGUUUUUAAUCCAAAAUCGUACAAGCUAGUCUAUGUUUUAAUCAAAGGAGAAGAAUUUAAAGAUGGAGAACAAAGAUUCAAGAUGAAAAAUGUGGCGAAAAAACGUGAACAAUUGUUUUGCAAAGAAAUUAAGAAACAUAAUCAAAGGUAUGAAAUGUUGUUAGAUUUGGAAGAUAAAGCAACUAAAGAACAUUUAACUGUUGAAAUAUUCAAAGAAUUUGAAGUAUUGAUUCAUGGAAGUAGAUUGAAAAUUCCAAACACUGAAAAACCAGAUGAUUUGAUCUUGGUACUUGCAGUACAAUAUGAAAAAUCUAAAUAG